GGCCUCGCCGCCCUUUCAGCACCGGGCCCUGCGAUGCCGUUUGGCUGCGUCACGCUGGGCGACAAGAAGGACUAUAACCAGCCGUCCGAGGUCACCGACAGAUAUGACCUGGGCCAGGUCAUCAAAACGGAGGAGUUCUGCGAAAUCUUCCGGGCCAAGGAGAAGACGUCGGGGAAGCUCUACACGUGCAAGAAGUUCCUGAAGCGGGACGGGCGCAAGGUGCGCAAGGCGGCCAAGAACGAGAUCAUCAUCCUCAAAAUGGUGAAGCACCCCAACAUCCUGCAGCUGGUGGACGUGUACAUCACGCGCAAGGAGUACUUCAUCUUCCUGGAGCUGGCCACGGGCCGCGAGGUCUUCGACUGGAUCCUGGACCAGGGCUACUACUCGGAGAAGGACACGAGCAACGUCAUCCGGCAGGUGCUGGAGGCCGUCGCCUACCUGCACUCGCUCAAGAUCGUGCACAGGAACCUCAAGCUGGAGAACCUCGUGUACUACAACCGCCUGAAGAACUCCAAGAUCGUCAUCAGCGACUUCCACCUGGCCAAGCUGGAGAACGGCCUCAUCAAGGAGCCCUGCGGCACCCCGGAGUACCUGGCUCCCGAGGUGGUGGGACGGCAGCGGUACGGGCGGCCCGUCGACUGCUGGGCCAUCGGCGUCAUCAUGUACAUCCUCCUCUCGGGGAACCCGCCGUUCUACGAGGAGGCCGACGAGGACGACUACGAGAACCACGACAAGAACCUCUUCCGCAAGAUCCUGGCCGGCGACUACGAGUUCGACCCCCCGUACUGGGACGACAUCUCGCAGGCGGCCAAGGAGCUGGUGACGCGCCUCAUGGAGGUGGAGCAGGACCAGCGCAUCACGGCGGCCGAGGCCAUCUCGCACGAGUGGAUCUCCGGCAACGCCGCCUCCGACAAGAACAUCAAGGAGGGCGUCUGCGCCCAGAUCGAGAAGAACUUCGCCCGCGCCAAGUGGAAGAAGGCCGUGCGCGUGACC